CACAGCACAAGCAUAACUCUUUAAGUUUGGAAUGAACUGAAUUGAAGUAAUGAUAAGAAUAACAAUUCGAAUGGCGAUGACACUUGGAUCUGUAACAGGUUUAGAGGUGGAGGACGUGACAUUCCCUGCCGUGGUGAAGGCUCCCUCCUCCUCCGCCACCUUCUUCCUCGGCGGCGCCGGCAUCAGAGGCCUCCAAAGUGAAGGCAAUUUCAUAAAAUUCACUGUGAUCGGUUUUUACCUGCAAGACAAUGCAAUUCCCUUCCUCUCUCAUAAGUGGAAUGCUCUGUCUGCUUCUCAAUUAACACAAUCCCUCCAAUUCUUCCGGGAUAUUAUUGUUGGUCCAUUUGAGAAAUUUAUCAAGGUAACAGUGAUGAUACCGAUGACGGGGAAGCAAUACUCAGAAAAAGUGUCAGAGAAUUGCAUGGAGAUUUGGAAGUCUCUUGGGAUUUAUACGGAUGCUGAAGGCAGAGCAAUCGAAAAGUUUGUUUCUGUUUUCAAAGACCAAACAUUCCCUCCUGGCUCCUCUAUGCUUUUCACAUUCUCACACAAAGGAUCAUUAGCCAUAACUUUCUCUCAAGAUCAUUCCAUUCCACGAGUUGCUGCUAUUGUUAUUCAGAAUAAACAACUUUCAGAGGCUGUGCUUGAGACAGUGUUGGGUAAUGACAGCAUUUCACCUCAACUUAAGCAUAGUUUGGCCUCCAGAUUAUCCCACUUCUUCAAACAAAACUGAAUCAAGAUCACAAUCCUCUAUCACUCUGUUACUA